GAUGUGUAGUCUGGCUCCGACCGGGACGCCCCCUCGGAUGAAUGGGGCCCAGGCUGAUUGCGAACUACAGCUCCUCGGCCGGCUGCGUUGGUGGCGGCCGCGGGGGAAGGGGAGCCGACGGCGGCGCCGAAGGAGAGCCCCGCUGCGGAACGGUGGGCAUGUGCUGUGCCGCGGCGGACGCAGCAGCCCGGCUUCUUGGGGUGGCCGUAUAAGCGGGCGCGUCCUCUACACGCUCGCUCUCCUUUCCCCGCUCCGGCCAUGCGCCCGGCUUUCGCGGUGGGCCUGGUGUUCGCAGGCUGCUGUAGUAAUGUGAUCUUCCUAGAGCUCCUGGCCCGGAAGCAUCCAGGAUGCGGGAACAUUGUGACAUUUGCACAAUUUUUAUUUAUUGCUGUGGAAGGCUUCCUCUUUGAAGCCGAUUUGGGAAGGAAGCGGCCAACUAUCCCAAUAAGGUACUACGCUGUGAUGGUCACCAUGUUCUUCACUGUCAGCGUGGUGAACAACUAUGCCCUGAAUCUCAACAUCGCCAUGCCCCUGCAUAUGAUAUUUAGAUCUGGGUCUCUAAUUGCCAACAUGAUCCUAGGAAUUAUCAUUUUGAAGAAAAGGUACAGCGUGUUCAAAUACACCUCCAUCGCCCUGGUGUCCGUGGGGAUAUUUAUUUGCACUUUCAUGUCAGCAAAGCAGGUGACUUCCCAGUCCAGCUCGGGUGAGAAUGACGGAUUCCAGGCAUUUUUAAGGUGGCUACUAGGUAUUGGGGCACUGACGUUUGCACUUCUGAUGUCAGCGAGGAUGGGUAUUUUCCAGGAAACCCUAUACAAACAAUUUGGGAAACACUCCAAGGAGGCUUUGUUUUAUAAUCAUGCCCUUCCACUUCCUGGCUUCAUCUUCCUGGCUUCCGAUAUCUAUGACCACGCCGUUCUGUUCAAUAAGUCUGCAUUAUAUCAAGUCCCAGUCGUUGGUGUGGCCGUGCCCAUCAUGUGGUUCUACCUCCUCAUGAACGUCAUCACUCAGUACGUGUGCAUCCGGGGCGUCUUCAUUCUCACCACAGAAUGCGCCUCCCUCACCGUCACCCUCGUCGUGACUCUCCGCAAGUUUGUCAGCCUCAUCUUUUCCAUCUUGUACUUCCAGAACCCUUUCACUCUGUGGCACUGGCUGGGUACCUUGUUUGUCUUCAUUGGGACCCUGAUGUACACAGAAGUAUGGAACAAUCUAGGGAGCACAAAAAGCCAGCUUCAGAAGGACAAGAAAAACUGAGGUCUGCCUGGAGCAGCGAGAGCAGUGUCCUAAUGUGCCAGGGUCUGGUGACGGUCUGGCCGCCAUUUCACGUUCGUUAGUGCUCAAGUAUUGAACCAACCACGUACCCGAGAAUCCUCAGAAGGGGGGACGUCUCAGAUUCCUUAAGGCUAUAAAGACCCACGUUUGUGGACUCUAAAUGGAAACCCCUCAACCAUGAAAUAGGAACAAGAACUGUUCUCUGCUGUCGAACAGCCCAUUCGUUUGUUACUUGUUUUGUUUACCAAAAUAUUUAGUACUGUUACUUGCUUAUUGAAUUCUGAGUCCCCACAGCUACUAGUUUUAUAUCCGUGGUCUCAGACAAGUUGAUCUCUUCUUGCCCUUCUGAUGAUUCUCUUCCACACGGUCAUUAUCAUCCUGUGGUCUCGCCCCUUUUUUNCCCGCCCCCCCCCCCGCCCCAGCAGCAUGGUCAGCCAGUGAGGUGUUCCAGGCACCAUCAUCAGGAAACAACUGAGUGGCCCUGUGAACUGAGACCCCGGUGACAUUGGGACUGGAAAAGCUGCGGUUGUCCCUGUGAGCUGAGCCCUUGUCUCAUUGGAGCAUGACGGGUGGGAAUCCUUUCCUGCAUCUUGCUUUGGUUUUGUUUUCCUGUGCAGAAGUCUUCUGCUGUCUGUGCUUAGAACAGCCCUUCAGCGCAUCUCCGUAGCACAGAGUUCAUAAGAAAGAUGGUGUAUGAAUCGGGAGAGACGUUUUCCCUCCGUCUUCUACGUGAAGCCCUUUAGCCGGGAGCGGAGAUGGUGCUGCGGGAUGGCCGGGAGCGGCUGGCCCUCGGCGGCGCCCAGAGCGCCGGGAUCCCCCUGGGCCCAGCGGGCGCGCGGGGCUGGCUCCUAGUGGGUGCGUGAGGUGUCUGGAAGGUGUCUUCGCCGGAGAGAUGCAGCUGCCUGUCUGUCCGAGAGUCCUGGUCGGUUGGGCCGCGGUGGAGGCUAGUCCGCGGUGGGUGUGGUGUACAAAUCGGGUCCAGUCCCAACGGAAAUGAAGGUGGUUCUCGUUCUUGGGGUUCUAGGUGGGUAGUUACAGGUGGUGGGAGGUAGUGUGUGUGUCUCUGUAGAAACACGAUGCCCCUUUGGCCGAUCAUUUCGGAGGGUGGCUUUGCCUCCCCGGGAUAAUUUUGAGGAGGAGGAACAGUGUCAGUCCAGCGCGUGUAGGGGUGUGUGCACGCGCAUUCGUGUAGUUUCUGUGGUAAUACUGGAGGCGAAAAGAGCAUGAAAGUUUGUUUUAUUUCCUCGUGCUUCACUCAGCCUCGGGCCUUCAUUAACCUCACACAAGUACAUGCUUUUCCCUCUUCUGCACACAGAGGCCUGCCUUUUUUCUUUGGGCACAGAUCGUGUUCUUCAGUUGCGGGCCCCUUGUGGGCGGUUCUCCAGCUGUGCGUGGCUCGCUCUGUGGCGUGCUUCCUGCAGCUGUCCUCUCACGGGGCCUGCCAGACGUGUCCGGGAACCAUUGGGUCGCUCUGGGGAAGCAACUUAAGCUGCCUCAUUGUUUCUCCACGUCCGUCGCAGGGUUUCCAGACUCAUCUGUUCUGGACAUGGACAGCUUUCCAGAGCCGGUAAUCGGUCUACCGUAAAAGAUGCCGAAUUUGGUGUGAACCCGUUCAUGGAAUCAAAAGGCAUUUUCUUUCACAUACUAGAGUUCCUCAGACUGAUGGUGCUAUAAAUAGCGUGUGUUAAAUAUCCUCUUAAAAGCUACUUUUUUAUUAAAUCACUUAAUGGAAGAACCUGUCCCUAGGGGCUGUCGGAUUGCUGUGUAUCCGGAGUCUUAACAGGCUUACAUAAUGUAGUGUCAUCCUUUGGAUGUUGAUGGAGGUUUUUAGUAAUUUCAAUGUGUCGGUUAUACACACAGCAUUUAACUGGGUCUGUGAGGUUUUAGAAAGUCCAUGUUCCUCUCAGUCUGGACACCUUUGCUGGAUUUAUUAACGAGGUGAAAUAUGGACAGAUUAUGGCACUUAAACAAAAAACGAACCUAUGUGAGACCAGAAUGUCUGAAAUGCCCUGUGAGUUGAUUUUCUCUCUAGUGGCCAGAUGUAAGAAAAUAUGUCUAAUGGACGCUAGUACUUUCAUUAACUUUUUUUUUGGACCAUUUAGUUCCAUAGGAUAAAUGAUUUUUCAAUCCAGGUUGAAACUAAAUUUCAACUUUUAUUAAAGAGAUAAAUCAACUGUUUUGUAGAGGACCGAAACCAUGCAACGGAAGGAAAAGGUCUAUUAAAAUGCUGCUUCUGUUUCUCUGGGACAAGACUAGGUAACUGUGUACCCCAGAGACAGACUUUGUUUACAAGAGAUUGGCAUUUAAGACCGCCAAAACUCUGCCCUUAGAGCAAAGAUCAAAUAGCAGAGGACACUUGCCAGAAAGUGUACUGUGUGUGUACAUACCUGUGUACCCACUUAACAGCUUGACUGAUGUCCUAGAUAAAGUGACAGGAGAAAAUGGUGGCUAUUUGAAUUAUUAAUGUAAUACUUACAUAGCCUUUACCACCAUUCUGUUGUCACAUUAUACAGGCUCUUUUUCAUUUUUUUUCUUGAUCCUUUUUAUUUUCAUCUAAAACAAUCGUUAACGUACUUGGUAAGUGUCUCUCAAGUUUUAAAGUAUUUAGGCACAAUCUAGUUUUUCCCCCUUCUUCCUGCCCAGUGAUCCAAUUAUGAAAUGCUAUAGUACCUUAUUCUUCUGGGAAGAUUACAUGACAUUUUUAAAGGAUUCUAAUAACUUGGGGUCAUUUCUCGAGCACCUUUUCUUCCUUCUGCCCUAUUUUUUUUCCCUCCUGAGCCCCACCUCCUGUGUCCUCACUGCAGUCUCUGUUCACUUGUGUACUUUUCCACUGAAAAUUUGUAGAGUUUCCCACACCUGUAAUCUUGUCUGUUUAUGCCUCUAUUCCCUGGGGCCUCUCAGAUGUUUUUGUGGAUUUUUACAAGGUAUUAUAUCUGUGUAGCACGUAUUUUGUUAGACAUUGUUAUAAGCAUCAAUACUUGAGUGUGAGAAGAUCUGGCCCAUUUGUGAAUAUACAUAUAGAUAAGUAAGUAUGAACAUGAGGGUUAACGUAAAAAUGUUUAUAUAUUUCGUUACCUGAAACUGGGGCUGAGAAUCUUAACCACCCUGUCCUUGUAUAAUUGGAAAAUAAUGUUCUUGUUUGCUCUUGUCACCCCACCUUGAGCUUGCUUUAUUCAAAGCCAGUGAUUUAGCUCUGGGCUGGUGGACCAACUGGACUAGGAAUUAAAUUUACAUGAGCCAGAUUAACAGAAAAAAAAAAAUCAAAGUUUUAUUUUGUGCACCCAGAGUCCCAGUAAUGAAACUGAAACCUAAACAAAAGACCAAAGCAGGCAUUUUUAGACAGUAAACCUGUCAGGAAUGGACAGGAUAAAGGAAACAGCUGUUGGGAGCUUUAGUGAGGAAUUCAGGCUGUGGUGGUAGAUUAGUAAAAAUUUAACAAGCUUUGUUUCUACAGCUUUCUUGGCUUUAAAUAUUUUUUUCUAGUUUUCUUAGUGCAGGGAGGGUACCUUUCACAUGGGAGAUUAAUUUUCUUCUUUCAGGAGGACGGAGAAGGGUCCUAGUGUCUUUGUACCUGCUGUUCCCCACAUAGUUUCGAUUUAAAAGAAUGCGUAUGCCGUUGUGGUACAUUCUGGAUGGCCUGCUCUUGGCCCCUGCAGUUCCCUCCUCUGAAACUUCCCUGGAAGGGCCGCCCAUUAAAAAUGACAGAUUAUUCCAUUGCAGUGAACCAGUCUGGGUUCUGACGAUAGGUCAGUUGAGUUAAACUCCUUUCAGAAGGUGGUGAUGUGUUCUCAGAGUUAGUCCAAUGGUUCAAAUCAGGAAUGAAUAAGCCAUUUCUGUGGAAACAAAAGGAAUGGUUAAUGAUCGGAUCAAAUUAUAAACCAGUUUCUGAGGGUAGCCAGUCAAGUGGAUUUCUGGACGUCAAGCCGUAGCAAUCUGAUGUGUUUUCUUGGUUUGUAAUUCGAGUUUCUGCGGUGGUCUUCUGGAGUAGCCCGUAGAGCAGCGGGCAUAGAGACUGUCCACAUAUGAGCUGUUGUGAUUUCUCUGAAGUUGUUUAUAUGCAGUUUGCAGGGCUUCAGGAAAGAGGGCAGUUUUUAGUUAUCGAGCCAAGUGAAAAGGAUGGGGGGAAAAAACCAAAAAUGCUAGUAAGGGGAGUUGUAGCCAGGCAUUGGAGAAAACCAGAAGAAAUCAGGAUCUUGUCUAGUUUAUAAUGAGAUGUAUUAGAAUAUAGUAUUCAAACAGUUUUUCUCUCUAGAAUCACCCUCAUUUUUACCAAAGAUAACCCAAUUGAGACUGAUUGGUUUGCAAAAUAAGUCUAGCUUUUUAGAACUUGAUCUGAAUCCUUAUAUAAGUGCAGCAAGAAUAGUGAUUGAUCUUACAGACUCUUUUUAUAAGGGCUUUCAAGGUUGGAAGCCAGGCCAAAUACUUGCCACAGACUUUACCUGUAACACCUGUAGAUUUGGAUUAAUUCCUUCUCAAGGUCCCAAAAGUAUCCUGAGGUUCUUAGACCUGCCAGGAAGUGACCUUCUCUCUUCACAUGGUAAGUCUGCUGGGAAUGCUGUCAACAAGA